AUGCAUUUUAAAUUAAACAUUGAAUCAAUUAUAUAUUCAAUUGUAGAAAAAUUCGAAAGAACACUUCAUACAUUCAAGAUGUUUCAGUUGAACUAUUCUGUAAAAAGAUCUUUGUAUUCAUAUCAGAAAAUUAAUCAUCAAAUAAAUAGUGCUUUAAUUAAAAAGUCAUUUAUAAUAUCAAUGUUGGUGAGUUUGAUACUGAUGGAAAUUUCAGCAGUUGUCACUCCACCUUUCUGGAUGCCUUCGGAGAGUUGGUCUAGUUGUUCUGAAGAGUGUGGUGAUGGUGUUGAAGUACGUCAAUUUUUAUGUGUUCAAAACGAUCAUUACAAUGCUACUACGCUGUUGGAUGAAUCACAAUGUGAACAUUUACCCAAUCCAAGUGCACAGAAUACAGAGAACAAUCAAAGAGCAUGUAAACUCGGUCCAUGCGGUAAAGGAUAUCGAUGGAGAGUAUCUAACUGGGGACAUUGUUCACAAACAUGUGGUGGACUUGGCAUAAUGUCUCGUGAUGUACAGUGUGUUUAUUCAGGCAAAGAUGGUGAUCUUGUGAUAUCAGAUUUUGAUGCAUCUUAUUAUUGUGGUAAUUAUCGUCAACCUGAGAGACAUGCAUCGUGCAAUCGAUUUGCAUGUAAGCCUGAAUUUGUCCCAGAAAAAUGGGGUAAGUGUAUCCAAAGUGAUCCAUGUCGUCCAGGCAGACAAGUACGUCAACUAUCGUGCAUUUCUGUACAAGUUAAUGGAUCACUUCGCGAAUUGCCAAUGGCAGCUUGCUAUAUGUCUGGGAAAGCAAUUCAACCAACAUGGCGUCGAUGUUUUGAAGAAAGUUCAAGAAAAUGUGACAGCAAACCACCAAUGAUUAAUACUGACACUUUAACUAUUGUUCAGAUGAGAAAAGUGAAAGUGAUUGAUUUAAAAGUCGGCCAGCAAGCAUUCGUAAUACCAUUUACCCGUGUAACUGUACGAUGUCCUGUACAAUAUUUUACAGCACAAGAAUUACAAUGGGCUAACCCAAACCAUGGAAUAUUAGCCUAUACUGGAGCAAUAUCUGAUAGAAUAAGGGUAGAUAAACGAGGAAGGCUACACAUACGAAGUUUCCGUCUCAUUGACGAAGGUGACUGGACGUGCAUAGCUGGUUCAAUGAAUGCCACAGUCACAUUAACAGCUAGAACUCCAGCAGCAGGGUUUCAUGAUUGGGUGCAAAGAAACAGAUUAUGGACCAAGGGUAUGCUCAGUGAUGAUCCUAAGGCAAUAGCUGUAAAUCAUGAAAUUAUUCAAUGGGUUGUUGGACCAUGGAGUACAUGUUCUACAAGUUGUGGCCAAACUGGACAACAAUUUCGUGUCGUCAGAUGUGAAAAAGUUGAUAGUCGAUUCUAUCAAAUACUGAAUGAUCAAGUAUGCAUUGAUAAACUAUUGCCAAAACCACCAAGUACACGAAAGUGUUUGGAAAGUAACAAAUGUCCAGCAUGGUUCGUUGAAAACCGUGAUACAUCUGUUUGUACAGAUCGGUGUUUAGAUGUUGGUAAAGGUUCAAUUAGUGGAAAUUUAGUCUGUAUGAUUGGUGAGAGAACCGUCGCCACAAAAUAUUGCGAUAAAUUAGAUAAACCAAACAUGGAAUGUGAAAACCCUAUAUGUCAAGUACGAUGGAACGUCAGUAAUUGGUCUCAAGUAAGUUAGUUGUUAUCAUCGUCACCUUUCUAAUGAAUCUGAUUAUCAAUAUAAGCCGAUCCCUUAAAAGUCAACCAGAGAAUUUCUAAUUUGAAAUAACUAAAUUGUAUUGGGCCUUUAAACAAAAAUCUUAUCGGGUGCAUGUACAUAUAAUGUAGGAAACAGAGUCACCCCUACGCAUAUUUACCAGCUUAAAAGUGCCUGGGAAGUUCGUUGUACAAUCAGAGAAAUACAUAAUCGAAUUCCUAAACAUCACCAUUCAAGGUUGAUUAGAAUCUUGAAUAAAACGAUGAGGCUCUAUUCUGGAGUAGUUAUUUAAUGUUCAUGACAAAAUAGAUUCUGGGCAUCUACUUGAUUCCGAGAAAUUUUACUUACGCUACUCAACUUUGUUCAAUCUAAAUUUCUAAUUUUAUGAUUAUUGGUCCUAAGUAAACUGGUUUACCAAUCUAAUUAUCUUUGCAUCCGUUUCAUCAGUACUAUUACUACAAAUAACAGUAGAUCCUUACAUUAAGAUCAUAUAUUUCAAUUUUAUUCAAAUCUAUUCCUAGUCUUGUGCGACCAGCUGCAAUAAUCAGUUGAUUAUAUAACUUUGUUUUCAUUUAUAUCUUGCAAACAUUACCUAACUGAUUAUUAUACUUAGAGAAAAUAUUGAGAUACCUUAAUAGUAAAAAUAAUGAUUUAUUAUUUAUAUCCAAUGAAAGGAAAAUUAAACUUCUGACGUUUCUCAGGUUAGUCUAAGUUACUUCUUCAGAGUGCAUUGUAGAAUCAUUUAUUUGGUAUUCAUUUUAUACUUAUUUGUAAAACCUGUAGAUUAGUUGACAGCCACGAUGAGGAACUAAUUGAAAAGGAAAAUAUAUUCCCUCAACUCGUAUUCUUUAAUGUUUGAAAUGCAGAUAAUCAUAGCGAUAGUAGUAAAAAUAAUAAACACUCAGUGUAUUACUUUCUUUAGUCAAUGAAUGAAAAAGUUGUAUGAUAAUCAAAUACUUUCUGUUAAGUUGUCAAAAAGGUCAAUUCAACUUAGAUCUCUUCGCAGAUGCUAUCGACAAAUUAUUCGAGAAAAAUAAAGUAUGUGCACCAUAGUAAAUCCGUCAACAAAUCUGUGAAGAUUUAGUGAUUUAAGCAGUUCGAAUAUGAUGCACUCAGCUACAAUCUAAUUCGAAAAACAAUUGAGACAAAUUAUAGAUUAGCAAAAAUACACUAUCUUAUUUACAUUUUCAAGUUUUUUCAUUGUCAUAAAGUAUUACUAGUUAAAUUAAAGCCAGUUGGAGUUAUAUUAUUGGAAAAAGUACGACGUUUAUUUUUAUUUCAGUGCUCACGUUCAUGUGGUGGAGUUGGUGUUCAAGCUAGACACCUUCUGUGUACUUGGUCACAUAAUGGUGAAUUGGCAGGUUCAUUGUGUUAUUCCCACCAACUUGCUAUUCCAGAUGUGAUACGAUCAUGCGAAGUACCUCCAUGUAAAUUAGGUAAGUGGAAUGAAUCAGUUCACUGUUUUGUUAAGUGGCAAUAACGUCAAAAGUAAUUAGAACCAAAACACAGACUUAUCGAAACAUGUUAUUGAACGGAAAUAAACAGAAAUUGAAACCCUAGAUUGAGACCAUCAACUAAUUUUUGAAGACACUGACAUGUUUCGACAGACUUAUUAAGUGGUUGCGUUCUGAAUUCCAUCACCUCAUGUGAUAUUUGAACCAGUUAUUCUUAUGUCAUAUCGAAAUACGCCGUCUUUUAUGCCUGCACCUUGAACUAUAACGAACAACGAACAGGUCUGAUCAAUGCUUUGAAGUCUCGAUAUUGAUAUACAUAUCCCAAUAGCCUGCAUCCACAACUCCAAUGGGAUACUUAAGACUUAUCGAUUCUAAAUUAUGUUUCAUGGGAAUUAGUAGAGGAACCCUCAAAGCACCAAUUUUCGGCCAUGUUAAUUCCGUAAUCGAAUCAAAUCUUAAAAGCCAAGUAAAAAACUCAUUUGUGCUCUAUCAAGUUAGAAAAUCAAAUCAAAAGAGAAACUAACAAGGAAAACCCUGUCUUGCCUACACUACAAAGGAUCUGAUGGAGUACAAAGUGAAUUAACUCUACAAAACUCGUUCUCCAGGUAAUCUGAUACAAGCUGAACUUUAGUGUGAAGAGUAGAGAAUCGGGCACGGAGUCGUUUGGGUGACAAACGGAAACUAGUUAGUCGCAACAUUAAGACUACAACACAUUGUUCAACUACUGCAAGCUUCCAGAACAGUUUGUCUAUCUAUAAAUAUCCAUAAGUUAAAAAUUCCUUUCACAUUUCUAUCUUUUCUUGCUUUUGGACUGCCUAAUUGAACUGAUAAAGCAUUAGAAGUUUACAUUAGUAGAACAACCAGGAGCCAGGUUAUAACACGAGGUUAGAAGCUAAUUUACAUUAUCGUUCGAUAGAUCAGACAAUUUUUGUACAUAUUAUUUCAAGUGCUUUCGCUAUAGUGUAUUAUUUGUCGAUUUAUAUAUAUAUAUACGAAUACACAAAACAUCUUAGAUACAUUUAAUAACUCAUUCUUCUCUAUUUAUCACAUUAAUGGUGAAAUUAUUAAAUUCAUUGUAGUCAAUUCUAUUGGCUUUGUUCUUCUUCUUACUGUACUCUAGGAUGUGUUGACAUGUCUAAACACUGUUCAAAGAGAGUAGAACUAUGCAAAUUUACAAUAUAUCGUUAUCAAUGCUGUGAAUCAUGUCAACGUUAUGUACAAAUGAUUUCAUCCACAAAAGAUUCUUUGAAAAACUUUCAAAACGAGAAAUUCUCUAAUAUAUUUUCUUAAUCAAUAGAAAGCAAUGCAUUUAUAC